ACGACAUUCUCGAGAUUAUCAGUCAGUCACUACACAGGAACGAUCAAUGGUCACAAAAGGCGGAAUGCAAUGGAAGUGUGUCCACUGGUGUCCACUAUGGCAGCAGGUAGCAGACGAACGUAUGCUGUACAAACUGACGCAUUACGUGUGUCACUUUGGGAACCCCUGUUGGUGGAUUCAUGAUGGUUGCCCUGAUUCUUACAAGCCUUUGCACUAACGCGGAAAGGAAAAACUAAGUGUUUUUACACGGUGAUCAGGGAAUUUCGAAAUACUUUUGACAGAAUUAAUAUGGCCUAAGUGACAAGUGAACUAGAAGUGUGUGCGAAGUGCGAUAUAUAACAUUCUAAAAUGGAAACCCGUAUUAUAGACCAAAAUGGUUAAGUUAUACGCAUUAACGAUCUUGUACAAGGGACCCAUUUCAGCAACCCCGUUAAAGGCUGUAUAUGAAUUGGGAUCAUUCUCGUUCUUCCAAAGAGGUAGCGUCCAAGAGUUCAUGGCUUUUGUUAGUAAAACUAUUACAGAAAGAACACAAAUUGCUGCACGACAAAGUGUCAAAGAAGGAGAAUAUAUGUGCCAUGUAUACGUACGAGGAGAUAGCCUGGCAGGAGUUCUUAUAUCAGAUCAUGAAUAUCCAAACAGAGUAUCACAUACAUUGAUUACCAAAUUAUUGGAUGAAUUUGCCUCGAAAUAUCCUCCUGAUAGUUGGCCAACUUUAAAUGAAGCCACAUGCAGUUUUCCUCAAGUGAACACCUAUCUUGCAAAGUACCAAAAUCCUAGAGAAGCAGACGCAUUCACCAAAAUGCAAAAUGAUUUGGAUGAAACAAAGAUUAUUUUGCAUAAUACAAUAGAAGCAGUCUUAGAGAGAGGAGAAAAAUUGGAUGAUUUGGUCUCAAAAUCGGAAGGACUUAGCAUGCAGUCAAAAGCUUUCUAUAAAACAGCGCGAAAAACUAAUUCAUGUUGCAGCCUGACAGCAUAAAUGUUAUAUUGUAUUAUAUUAUAUUAAUUGUCAUCAUUGUCGCUUUCCUAUUUACCAUGUGCAGUAAACAGCACAACCUGGCUCUGUUGUAUGAAUUUCAAAAGUCUUCAGAAAUUGAACAUAUACUGUAUUUGUUUCUCUGUAAUUGUAUCUGAUUAGAAUCAAUUGUUGACGUUUUAAAUUUAUCUAUUUAUUACCGAUAAUUAACUGAAAUCACUGCCUGUUCCAUGCUGUUCAAAAAUUAAGAAGCAACACCAGAUUAUUAGGAAAAAUGUAAUAUACGUUUUCCUGAAUUUUGAUGUAAACACUAUUUAACGGUCCUAAAACAUUGUUAUGAUGAAAAAAAUAAACAAUGUGGAUCUUUUAUUAUUUUCUAGAUCUAUUUUGCCAUUCGACUAAACACAUAAGGAAUUUAUUUUAAGUGUACAUUCCAAAUGAUGGUACGGACUAUAAUAUUGGGUCGGUAUGGUGAUGCAAUUAAUUAAUUGGAAAUUUUAUUAUUAAUAUACAAGAAAAUAUUACGAAA